CAACUGAGUUCUUCUCUAGCCUAAAAAAAUUCUUUUAAACAAAUUAUCCAGUAAGAAAUUUAAAGUUUGGAAAAAUAUAAGUUUGCAAAGAGAAAGAAGUCAGAGUUUUUGUAGUAUUUUUUCCAAUUCUGCUUUUUACUAUACACUUGGGUUGAGAAAUUGUUGCAAAAUGCAAAGCAACUUAUCGCUAGAAAAAAGUAAUUAGAGACUUAAGUGCAGGCACUAUAAAAUCCAUAUUCUCCGACACCGAGUUCGUGAUACUUUUGAUUGAAAAGUAAAGCUAUAAAUGUUCUGAGAAAACUUUAAACCGUUCAAAUGGAAAUUGCAAUUAGUUUCGUCGCCGCUUUAGUCUUGGCUGCACCAGUUUCUGGUAUUGUCAUGAACCGUUGCUCGUUAGCUCGUGCGAUGUAUUGCUUGGAUGUGCCGAAGGACCAGUUAGCUCGCUGGACCUGCAUUGCCGAACACGAAAGCUCCUUCCGAACCAACGUCACUAGCCGAACUAACACGAACGGUUCUAAUGAUUACGGAAUCUUCCAAAUCAACUCCAAGUACUGGUGUCAACCUCCUGAUGAACGUUUCUCCUACAAUGAGUGCAAAUUGAGCUGCACCGCGCUGUUGACCGAUGACAUCAGCAACUCUGUAACAUGCGCUCGCCAGAUUCUAAGGCAACAAGGUUGGACAGCUUGGGCCACUUGGAAAUAUUGCAAUGGUACAUUGCCAAGUAUCGAUGACUGCUUCUCAGCAUAAAAAAUUUAUUUUAAAGUUGUUUGUUUGUUUUGUAUAAUAUAUUUCAUUGUAACAUCGAAAAAUGUAUAAAAUUUGCUAAUGUGGUGUA